AUGCGAACAUUAAUCCAUCCUCUAUUGGCUGCUUCGCCUGAUUCGCCUGUAGCAUGCAGGUUCCUUCCUAGAAUUGACGAAGAUAGCCUUUUAUUUCAUACGCUGCGUGAUUCGAAUGUUAUUAUUAUUAACGAUGGUAAGACUGCUCAUAGGCUUAAUGCUUUCAAAUACUUCAAUAACGGGAUCGUAAUGACAAACCGAACACUGAGGACCAAUGAAUUGUUCCAAGUGAGGAUCGAUCUCGUUAUUCCGAAGUGGGCUGGAAGCAUUGAAAUUGGGGUCACGCAGCAUUCUUCUAAUGAUAUCCAGUUUCCAUUCAAAAUGAGCAAUGCGAAAUCUGGCACAUGGGCAGUUACCGGCGAAGACGUAAUUAGGGAUGGAGUCAUCAUUAUCCCACAAUAUGUUAGAAAUCUUAAUAAACUUGUGGAAGGUGAAACGGUUGGCGUGUUGCGGAAUGAUUUGGGCAUACUGCAUGUUUAUAUCAACGGGGCAGACCAAGGCCCAGCCGCAUUCAAUGUCCCGGAAAAUGUGUACGGGAUUGUCGAUUUGUAUGGGCGGGCAGCUCAAGCAACAAUUGUGGACAAUUAUUCGCCACCGCCACUGUAUUCACCAGAAUCACCACUUUCCACUGAAUCAAAUGCUACUAUAUUUCCCGAGAUGUGUUUCCACCGCGUGCAUGGCCGCAACGCUCGCCUUAGCCGCAACAGAUUAACAGCUUGGCGUGCAACAGUUUACUCUGAAUUUAACGAUGCUGUACUGUUCAGUUCACGUCCACUCCGAGAAUGUGACAUGUUUGAACUCCGGAUUGAUAAAAUGGUCGACUGUUGGAUAGGCAGCCUCCGAAAUUGCCGGCACAGCUACAGACCUCAACCUGGGACCACUUAUAUACUGAGUGGAACAGCUAUGAUGAAGGAUGGAGAGUGCGUGCGGAGCGGAUACCCUCUCGAUUUAGAUACAUUAACUGUUGGCAGUCGUGUUGGUAUGAUGUGGCACGCUGAUCGUAGUCUUCAUUACUAUUUGGACGGCAUGGACAUGGGCAAGGCGUGGUAUGUCCCACAUCUUAAUAUUUACGCUGUCGUCGAUUUAUAUGGACAAUGUACCCAGGUGACCAUUCUCCAGAAUGAAGAAAGAGCGUUUAACUACAACGGUUGUACAAAUUCAGGACAAUUCAGUUUUAAGAGUUUUUCUGAAUAUUGUGGCGACAAUAUAUGUCUGAUGCACGAUUACUCCAUCGCAAAACGUUUAACCCCAGACCCGAUGGCGACGCUUGUAUUUAGUUCAGCACAUCUCGCUCUUGAAGAGAUAUUCGAGAUCACUAUAGCAGAGUGUAAAUCUGGAUACGCAGGUACUUUUCGUAUAGGCGUUACAGAUAUCAACAUAUUAAAUGCUCACGUGAAUCGUAGUCUACCACCUUCGGUCUCCUGCCUUCCACAUUUUACGGCCUAUAUUGAUGGCAGGUCAAUGAAAUAUUCGAAACCUGGCACACGUGAACAAGACGUAAUGACAUUCGUACCGUCAUUUGAAUGGCUCCGGACUGGAGACAGAGUCGGCCUGAAGAAGACCAGUGAUUCCAGAGUUUUAGUUUAUUAUAAUUCAGAAGAAUUAGACCUAGCUUUCGAGAAUGUGCCAGAUAAAGUGUACGUUGUUAUGGAAUUAUUCGGACAUGUGACUAAAAUACAAGCCGUAAACCAAGGCAAUGUUGUCGUGACGGCUGCCAUGCUUGAACAGACACUACCUACUUGUGUGCUCCUCCCGACUCGCCACCAUCAUACUGAACCUUCCAUAGAUGCUAAAGAAGAGCCCAUUAGAGAGGUUUCUCAAGAGUUACAACAGGAAAAUGAAGGGGGGGAGGUCGCUGGUGAUGCAUCAGAAGUCCCAUUAGAAAAGCCAGUGACCGAGGGGGGCGAGACUGCCCUGGAGAUACGUCGUCGUCGCAACAACCUGCCUUACACAUUCUAUUAUAUCCACGGCGACAAUAUACGCCUGUGUAGCUCCGAUACUGUAGCUGUGCGCUACAAAGGAUAUCAACAGGGCAUAGCAGUGGUUAGUCAACCUUUACGGCGCGGUCACAAUUUUAGGUUUCGAGUGGACAAAUUAGACUACGAUUGGUGUGGCACAGCCGGUAUCGGUGCUGUGGGUGUCCUGCCCAUAGAGCUGCCAAUGAGCGCCAUACACCUAGAGACACCUUGCUGGAUUCUCACUAGUGAUCUUCUCAACGAUAAUGGCGUCUUUACUAUCUCUUUGAUGGAAUGGCGCUUGAUAACUUGGCUGAACAGUCCUGUGCUGACUAUCCACUUUCGCUUCAAUAGCGAACUAGUUCUUGAAAUCGAUGGUAAGAUCAUCGGUGCCAUUGGAGUUGUGCCGCGACGCUUCAGCCAUAUCUUCCCCACAAUUGAUCUUUAUGGGAGAAUAGCUCAGGUAUCAGUACUGCUUCAUCCUUACGUUGUUACCAGCGGCGCCUCCCUUGACUUACCUAUAAUUACUGAAAAUCUUUGUGAGGAUGAGUUUGCAGAACAAGAAUUAUUUGAUGGAGAUAAAGAACCUGUGCCGGCAGUAGAGGAGAUUGCCUCAGCAUUGGAAUUAAGCCGACCAAAGAAGAAACCCAAGGCAUAUAGCCAGGAAAAUCUUAUUGAAGAACGCUUACCUCCAAUAAACAUCGAGGCUGGUCCAAGUACAAAACCAGAUCCGGUACCAGAGCCAAGUAGCAGCUCGGCAGCCGAUACUAAGAUUAAAGAAGUUAAGUGUAGAAAACAAUAUCCAAACCGUACAUCUUUACAUCAUAGUCUUAUUCUGUCAGAAAACCCUCUCCCCGCAAAUAAUAACGAAAUGGUCAAUCGUUGCAUACAAAAGAGUCAUUCCACCCACAGUUUCUGUCAAAUCCCUGAUGAGAAUGAAGGUAACGGGUUACGGCAUACAUUUAGUGUUGGCUCUCACGUUGGAGAUGAUACAGACAGAGUGAUUCAUGAGAAUUUUUGCGAUACUAACAUCCGUCAUAAUGACCGUUACCCCGAGGGCCAGUGA